UCUUCAACCUCUAAACUUAAAAUCUUUUCAAUUCACACAAAAAAAAAUAAACUCUUAAUUCUCUCUGCUUCAUUUCAGCUCUGUGCUUCCUUUAUAUCGAUCUUCUUCAGGUGAAGUUGCAGGAGUUGUGGAGCGAGAAAUGGCUUCAAGUGCAUAUGAGGAGGCAGGCACAGCUAGGUCUUCGGAGGGAGUGUCAAGUGGGCAGCAGCAAUGCCAAAAUAGUGAAGCAUUGGCGGAAUGGAGGUCAUCCGAGCAGGUAGAAAAUGGAACUCCAUCAACUUCGCCUCCUUACUGGGAUUGUGAUGACGAUGAUGAUGGUGGCCCUAAACCUUCUGAGCUAUAUGGGAAAUAUACGUGGAAGAUUGAUAAGUUUUCACAAAUUAACAAGAGAGAACUUCGGAGUAAUGCAUUUGAUGUUGGUGGCUACAAAUGGUACAUUUUGAUAUAUCCUCAAGGAUGUGAUGUUUGCAACCAUCUCUCUUUGUUUCUUUGUGUGGCUAAUCAUGACAAGCUCCUUCCAGGUUGGAGUCAUUUUGCUCAAUUCACUAUAGCUGUGGUGAACAAAGACCCGAAGAAGUCCAAGUAUUCAGAUACAUUACAUCGUUUCUGGAAGAAAGAGCAUGAUUGGGGGUGGAAAAAAUUUAUGGAGCUGUCGAAAGUUUUAGAUGGUUUUGUCGAUGCUGAUACCCUCAUAAUAAAAGCUCAAGUUCAAGUAAUCAGGGAGAAAGCAGAUCGUCCCUUCCGUUGCCUUGACCGUCAAUAUAGACGGGAGCUUGUUAGGGUAUAUUUGACUAAUGUGGAACAAAUUUGUCGCCGUUUCGUGGAAGAGCGACGAGUAAAGCUUGGGAAGUUGAUAGAGGAUAGAGCGCGGUGGUCAAGCUUCCGUGCUUUUUGGCUCGGCAUGGACCAAAAUUAUAGAUGCCGCAUGUCCGAGGAGAGAUCAGAUUCAAUUUUGAAAGUGGUUGUCAAGAACUUUUUCAUAGAGAAGGAGGUUACUUCCACUCUUGUCAUGGACUCCUUGUACAGCGGGCUUAAGUCUCUUGAAGGCCAGAUGAUGGGCAAGAAAGGUAAGGCAAAAUAUUCGGAUGCAGUGGAACAACUGGUUCCUAUUGUCCGUUUGGAGAAAAACAUGUUUGUAUUGGUGGAUGAUGUAUUGCUAUUGCUUGAGAGUGCUGCAUUGGAGCCAUUGCCUCCAAAGGAUGAGAAAGGCCCUCAAAACCGGACAAAGGAUGGCACUUCUGGAGAUGAGUUCAACAAAGAUUCAAUUGAGCGUGAUGAGAGGCGUUUAACUGAAUUAGGUCGUCGAACCAUUGAGAUAUUUGUUCUUGCACAGAUUUUUAGUAAAAUAGAGGUUGCAUAUCAGGAGGCAGUUGCUUUAAAGAGGCAAGAAGAGCUCAUCCGUGAAGAGGAAGCUGCUACUGAAACUGAGCAGAAAGCUAAACGAGCACCUGGAAAGGAAAAAAAGUCCAAGAAAAAGCAGGCUAAACAGAAGCGGAAUAAUCAAAAAAUAAAGGAUAAGGUUAUUGAUGAAAAAUCUGCUGCGGCGGAGCUAUAUAAGACUGAUCAGGAUGGACCUAUUUGUGAUGGAACGUACAUGAAUGAGGAGCCAGAAGUGGUGCAUGAAAGACCAGAUGUACUGGAAGCAGUAUCGGAUGUUUCUGAUUCAAUAGAUUGUGUCCCAGAGGUAAUUAAUCCCGACUCUGAUGACAGAGAUGCAAGUCCUGUCAAUUGGGAUACUGACAGCUCGGAAGUUCAUCCUUCCACGGAAACUAGCUGCAGUGGGUUAAGUGACCUUUCAGCAGUGCAAAAUGGGUUAGCAGGAAGGAGAAGUCCUUCUGUAAUGGAUGAUAGUUCAUCUACAUGUUCCACGGACUCAAUUCCUUCAGUGGUUUUGAAUGGGCCUUGGACGCCUUCGAACCAUAAAAAGCAGAAAUCACCCAGCAGAGGGAAAAACCAAAGAAACAAAUCAAGUUGUAAAGCAGCCGAUUGGGAUAGCGAUACACUAAGUCAGCCAUUGGAUGCUGUUUCGGAUGUAGGGCAGCUAAGUGAUACGAGUUGCAGGGCGCCUGGAUCUGAGUCUCAGUCUACUGUGCUUUUGUCGAGUGAGCAGCGAGACGUGAAGAAGGAAGUAGUAGCUUCGCCACAGAGGAAGCCGAGGAAGGCUGAGACAGAGAGACCUUCCAAGGAGAAGUCAAGUGUCCAGUCUUCUCUCAAAAGCCCUACAAAAGAUGCAGCCUCUGCUGUUCAGCAAAAGUCACAGACGAAGACCCCCGUCACGAGAGAUCCUAUUUUGGUCAAAAAAUCUUCUUCAGAUGGUCCCAAGCUUUCUGAUAAACCAGCUCAGGUGGCUAAUUCAUCUGCAACUGCUGUCAUGUUGAAGGCUGAUCCUCAUAAAACUGUAGAGCCAAGGGUCAAGGAUAAGCCCUUGGUGCAGGCUGCUUGUGUUACAGCUGGGAAAGCCCCGUCUCAACAUGUAAUAGUCCCUGCUACAACAGAAAAUUUCAAAUGGCAACAAGUGCCUGUCAUGUCCAGACCUUUGAGUGAUCCUUUAGUUUCUGGACCUAGGCCUGCUGCCCCGCCUGCCCCUGUUGUUUCUAUGGUUCAGACAAUGCCAUCACUGGCUCGUUCAGUGAGUGCAGCUGGUCGAUUGGGUCCUGACCCUUCACCGGCAACUCACAGUUAUCUCACUCAGUCCUAUCGGAACGCAAUUAUGGGUAGUCCUGUUUCUGGAACUCCACCUAGUUUUGGUCAACCUCAUUCUCCAAUUUCAGCAGUUAACUCAUCAUACUCCCAACAGCCUCCUGUUUCUGGAAGUCCGGCUAGUCUUGGUCAACCUCUUUCUCCAAUUUCAGCGGUUAACUCGUCACAUUCAUACUCUCAACAACCUCCAGUGGUUUCUGCGGCGUUAUUUUUACCACAGGGCUUGGAAAGAACAGAACCUAGUUCUGUCAGACCAAGCUUUUCAUAUGGAAUGGUGAAUAAUGGCAGCUUGCAGAAUGGACUGCAAUGGGACAGCAACAGGAGUUUGUCGCAAGAUCAUGCUUCUGCAUCAAAUGGAAUGGUGAAUAAUGGCAGCUUGCAGAAUGGACUGCAAUGGGACAACAACAGGAGUAUGUCGCAAGACCAUCCUUCUGCAUCAAAUGGAAUGGUGAAUAAUGGCAGCUUGCAGAAUGGACCGCAAUGGGACAACAACAGGAGUAUGUCGCAAGACCAUCCUUCUGCAUCAAAUGGAAUGGUGAAUAAUGGCAGCUUGCAGAACGGACCGCAAUGGGACAACAACAGGAGUAUGUCGCAAGACCAUCCUUCUGCAUCAAAUGGAAUGGUGAAUAAUGGCGUCUUGCAGAAUGGACUGCAAUGGGACAACAACAGGAGUAUGUCGCAAGACCAUCCUUCUGCGUCAAAUGGAAUGGUGAAUAAUGGCGUCUUGCAGAAUGGACCACAAUGGGACAACAACAGGAGUAUGUCGCAAGAUCAGCCUUCUGCAUCAAAUGGAAUUAGGAACUUUGCAUUGUUCAAAGCUGUAAACAGCAGAACACAUGAUCACCUUCCUGAUUCUCUGGCAUGCGCGUCAGGACGAGGGCCCCAGAGUGUAGCAGCUGCUGAUGAAUUUCCUCAUCUUGAUAUAAUUAACGACUUACUGAACGAUGAUCAUGGGAUUGGAAGGGCUUCUUCUAUACCCGACUUAGGCUUUCAAAGUUUUAGCAGUGGGUUGCAGCAUCUGAAUCAUGGGUUCGCUUUCCCAGGCGAUAUUGGCACGCCAGUUGAUCUAGGUCCCUCAUCGAUCUCGUGUAGGUUUGAACGAUCACGAAGUUUUCAUGACGUGUUCCAGCAUAACUACUCUGGAGGCCUUUAUGAUAGUGCUAGUGAUAUGAUUAUGCAGCAGCCCGAUCCGCGACUUAUGAACGGGCAUCAUAUCGAUGGGUUAGUUCCUAACCAGUGGCAAAUGAUGGGUUCUGAUCCCUCAUUUCUUGGAAUGAGGAAUGGGGCCAUUGAUGGUAGUCACCCGUAUCCCGUCCCAGACUAUUCGAACUUGGCGUGUGGUGUAAAUGGGUAUGGAGUAUAUAGGCCUUCAAAUGGCCUUUGAGAGCUUCUAUGGUGGAGCCUAGUCUUGAUUAUUUUCCCUGUCUUCCUUUGUAAUAAUGCAUUUGAGAGGAGUCUUUUGGUCUUUAAAGGAAACAUUUUGUAUAGAGUGGUUCUGCUUUGUUUCAAAUUUUUAACUUUAAAAAAACAUGGCUUUGCUAUUGCUCCAGACUGGUAUUUGACAUUAUAGAAGUUUGGCCUUUUCUUA